CGGCGGGCGGAGCUGGUCCCGUUGUGCCGCGGCGCCGCGCGGCCUGCAGUCCCGGGUCCGCGCCCCGCGCCGCCCGCCCGCGCGCCCGCCAUGGAGCCCGGCCCCGACGGCCCCGCCGCCCCCGGCCCCGCCGCCAUCCGCGAGGGCUGGUUCCGCGAGACGUGCAGCCUGUGGCCGGGCCAGGCCCUCCUGCAGGUGGAGCAGCUGCUCCACCACCAGCGCUCGCGGUACCAGGAUAUCCUGGUCUUCCGCAGCAAGAGCUACGGCAACGUGCUGGUGCUGGACGGGGUCAUCCAGUGCACCGAGCGGGACGAGUUCUCCUACCAGGAGAUGAUAGCCAACCUGCCGCUCUGCAGCCACCCCAACCCGCGCAAGGUGCUGAUCAUCGGGGGCGGGGACGGCGGUGUCUUGCGGGAGGUGGUGAAGCAUUCCUCCGUGGAGUCCGUGGUCCAGUGCGAGAUUGACGAGGAUGUCAUCCAAGUCUCGAAGAAGUUCCUGCCCAGCAUGGCCAUUGGCUACUCCAGCUCGAAGCUGACCCUGCACGUGGGCGACGGCUUCGAGUUCAUGAAACAGAACCAGGACGCCUUCGACGUUAUCAUCACCGACUCCUCGGACCCCAUGGGCCCCGCCGAGAGCCUCUUCAAGGAGUCCUACUACCAGCUCAUGAAGACGGCCCUGAAGGAGGACGGGAUCCUCUGCUGCCAGGGCGAGUGCCAGUGGCUGCACCUGGACCUCAUCAAGGACAUGCAGCACUUCUGCCGGUCGCUCUUCCCCGUGGUGCGCUACGCCUACUGCACCAUCCCCACCUACCCCAGCGGCCAGAUCGGCUUCAUGCUGUGCAGCAAGAACCCGAGCACCAACUUCCAGGAGCCGGUGCAGCUGCUGACGCAGAAGCAGGUGGAGCAGAUGCAGCUGAGAUACUACAACUCCGACGUGCACCGGGCGGCCUUCGUCCUGCCGGAGUUUGCCCGCAAGGCCCUGAACGAUGUGAGCUGAGCCCAGAUGCUGCUGCCGACACCGGCCUGGACCUCGGGCCAGGUGGCCUGGACAGGACCCCAGCCGGAACCCCGACAAGCAAGUGUUACAGCCCCAGGAUGCUGCCCGCCCGCCCGCCCCGCUGGCGGACUGUCUGUCUGCGGUGUUCCGCUCCAAGCCUCUGCCAGCUGUGUACAGCCCCUCCGCCCCCUGUCACCCCCCUCCCCAAACACAUGUAUUUAUAGCAAAUGUCCGCAUCGUGUGUUCCCAGACCUUCAAUGGGCCCAGGCAGGGGCUGCAGCAGCCAUUGCUGGCGUCUGUGUGCCGGGCUCCGAGCUGGACCCGUGUCUGACCUGCCUCUGUGACAGGCAGGCCUUGCCCUCCCGUGCAGCCCCGGACCAGCCCCUUGGCCACUGGCACCAGAGGCACAGCAGGCACCAAACUGCACUCCAGUCUCCCCGAGUGGGGUGCCCACAGGCCCCACAGCGGGUGGUGACCGACCCCGGGGCCAGGGCUGUGGGGUGACAAGAUGGAGGCGGGCUGCCCCAGCUGCGCUUUCUCCUGGGGCUUCCCAAGGUGAUGGCGGCCUGGGAGGACUGAGGUCCCAGCGGGGUGGGGCUGGAGGUGGCUCCCGAGGGUUUGGGUACAGUUAUGGGCCUGCUGGAAGCUCAUCCGCUGCCCUGACUUGGCUCAGGGUUCAGACUCCGGUUCCCACCCUGCCUGCCCCGCUCCCGGUGCCCUCUGGGAAAUUCCUGGAAGCUCCCCCAAGUGUUGAGGUUGAGAAAGCAGGUGUGAGUGGCCGCUGGGGACCGUGCCCUCUCCAUGGUGCUGAACGCUCUUCCAGCCGGUUCCCCGGGCGCCUCACCCCUCCCAAAGGCCCGGCUGAGACUGGUGUGGGGAGAGGAGCCACCACUGACUGCAGGGUGCGGACUCGAGGAGAGGGCCUGUGCCCACUCCCGUCCCAGCCAGCAUUCCAGAGGCACUGCCAGGGGAUGGACUGCUGGGAAGCUUGCGGGCAGGGAGUGGGUCCAGGCUGGGGGUGUUGCUAGAACACUCCCCAGCCACACCCACACCCCAGGCAGCUGCCUAGGGCCCAUGCAGUAGGUUCUGGGACUGUAGUUCUGGGGGCGAGCCAGCAUCCCGAUUUUCAGCCAACUCCUGAGUAGCCCCAAGCCAGUCCAUCCUCUGGGCUCCCCCAACCUGGGCCUCACCCCCAGGAGCUCACUGGGCUCAGCACGGGUGUGUGACCUUGGUCAGCAAGUUGGACCCAAGCCCUCCGCAUUCCGCCUUCCAGUCCCAGGACAGGCUUGACCCCCCCUCAGCAGCCAAUAGCACACGCGCCCCAGGGUCUCCCACUCCUGGGGAGGCCCCGAGAUCCCAUUGGGCUCCUCUGGGCUGCAGUUUGUGCAUCAAAGGAACACGCAGUGGCUGGUGAGAGCUGAUCCAUCUGGUCUAACUCCAACCUUAGUGCCACCUGUGGGGUGGGCACUGCUCUCCCCUCCCUCGCCCGCACAGGAGGACGAGCUGACCAGCUAGGAAGCGGGCUGGGGAGGGCACGCCUGCCUCCCUGAGGGCAGCCCAGGGGGCAGGUGGACAGGGGGAGGGCCCAUCUCAGAGGGCUCCAGCUGGGCCUGCGUCUCUGCUGCCUGGGUUACCCCACCUGCCGCAGACUCCACUGGGAAUCCUGCCUCUCAUCGCUGAGCUCUGGAAGGUCGAUGGCCUCGGCAGAGGACCAGGGAGCCAGCCGGGUGGUGGAAAUGCCCCCCCCCCCCCCCCCCCGGCAGCAGAAGUCUGCCACGCCGUCCCUCCACUUCCCAGCUCUUAAACCCAAGUCCCCUGCACACGCACGCACCCCUUGAGGGGUUUCCCGUCUGGGUGGGCAUCACCUGCUGAAGCAGAAGCAGGGGGUUUGGUGAGGACACGACCUGAGUCCCCUAAAGUCCCAGAAGUCAUGGCGAGGGACUGAGACAUGGUUUGUCCCAGGGAGAUUAACCGGAAUCCCAUCUCAAAGUUUGAAGUUUAGUUCUCGGAGUCGGCCAUUCCCCUGUGAGCACCAGGCGGAUCCUUAGGAGAAACCGCAGCCCUGUGCCCACUUCCUCCCCAGAGGCAGGCCGCUGGCCUCGGUGUUCACGCUGCGUCUGCCCAACAGGCUGGACCUGCUGUCCUACCUGGGCUUCCACGGGGGAUGAUGAGGUCAUGCCUUCCCCUUCCCCGCUCCCCCUGCUCACACUCCCGACAAUUACAUGUGACCUGGGUCAGCUCUGUCGGCUGCAUGACGGCCAUCGGCCGCUGAGGCAAGUCAGGGUCACUUUCUCUCCUCCCACAGCUUCCUUUUUCUCCCUCGAGGUUUUUUGGGGACUUUUUCCUAUGCUUAGUUUGCAAUACGUUUAUCACUUGUUUAACCUCA